UUUCCCUGAGACGGAGAAGAAAGCCUUACGUUUCACCUUAAGGUUUUAUUCGGGAUUUAUGUAUCAUUGCGCCUUUUCUGCCUCCUAGUAUCUGCGUCCCUCAAGAGCCUGGGCAGGUACCAAAUUACUCUUCGACUUGAUUCAGUUGCAGAAAAAUGCCUCUACAACUUCUUGAGGGGCUGUCCAGCAGGAAGCGAAGACCUAACUGGACAGACGAGGAGUGUCUCCUUCUUGCCCAGUUGAUGCAGGAGAGGAAAGAAAUAAUCAGAGGGAAGUGCAGCACUGGGGUAUCAAUACAGGAUAAAAGACAAGCCUGGGAGGAAAUAGCCCAAGCCAUCAAUACUGCCUUUCCAGAGACUCAGCGAACAGUUUUUGACUGCAACAAAAAGUGGGAAAAUCUUCUGGCAAAGUCGAGGGAGGAGAUCAAACGACAGAGAAGGCAUGCGGGUACAGAUGAAGGCCUGUCAUUUGAAGAUUUCAGCACUGUGACCCAAAUAGUGAUUUCUGUGAUGAACCUCUCAGACAUGCUGCAACAAGAUCGAGAAGACUCUUCUGUGUCAGACUUGGCGGAAACGCAACAAAACAGCUGUGAUAAAGAUGGAAACAACCACAGAGCUGAUGAAAGUUUGACAAUCAAAUGUCCACCGACAGAGCACAAGCUCCUUACAUAUCCACAUCCAUCCACCUCUCCAGAAGAACAAAAGAUGACUGUUUUAACCAAUUUUCCUGAAUCACUCGCAGUACAGUUCAGUACUCCCUGUGCUGCCUCCGGAGAACACUCGGAUAUUCCCUGCUCCACUUCUCCAACCUCAGUGCACGGCACAACCUUGCAAGAGCGCACGGAUUUGGAAAUGUCUGUGCUGAGACGACAAGAGGCCGUCCUCAAGCUGCAAGAGGAAUAUUACACACUAAAAAUUAAGAUGAUGAAAAAGCAAAUGGAAGAGCCACUUCAAAAGGACUAACACAAUUGUAGAAAAAAAUCAGUUGCAGCUGUAUGGUACUUGUGCCUGUCUAUGAAAUGUGGCAGAUGAAAGUUAGUCUCAUGAUUUGUCAGUUUUAUAGAAAAACAACACAUUUGAUCUGGGUGAAGACUUACUCCAUAUUCUGCUAUAUCUACAUGUGACCCUGAUAAUUUGAUAACUAACAUCUCUUUCUUUGAAAUUUCCUGAAAAGCAACCAACAAGUAGAAUAAAAGGCUUAUAUGUUGUGUUGUUUUAUAAAUUAUUGUCUUUCUCAAAGACUUGAGAUCAUCCGUUUUCUUUGUAGGACAGUGAAAUUCAAGGGAUUUCUCAUUUGUUGCCUCGCAAUGUCUUUUCACCAUUCAAAACUCACUCACUUACACGUUAGACAUCCUCUAAGUUGACAGGCAACACAUUAACAUGUAGGCUGAGGUAUCUUGCCAUAUACACUAACUGAAAUUUCAACUACUGAGUUCUAUAAUUCUUGAAAUUGAUUUACAUUACUAAGGGAGUACGAUUUGUGUUUUCUGGGAGGAAAUUCCAAAUUCAUAUGUGUAGUUUUACAGUGUGGGACUUUUUUUUGUUUAUUUGCCGAUUUAUGUCAUUUACUGAUUUGCUGAUUUGCUGAUUUAUGUCAUUUACUCUUAAGUGCAAAUGUGAAAGCUGUAAAUGUUUGACAUAUACCAAUAAACAUAUUUAUGAAAAUUGAACUUGAUCAUACCAGUGUAAGAAGGCCCCAAAUAAUUUGCCGUCUAGACAAAUGUAGUUAUUGGUGUGUAAUAUUUCUCAUAAAUCCAUGUAUUUGUAAGUGAUGGGUUGGCACCCAGAUGUAAAGUGGUGGGGCCCAGAGUGUUGAAUUAAACUCUGUUAUUUGC